AAGUCAAGGGAGAGGAGAAGACCAAGGAGGUGGCAAAGAAGGAGAAGCCUGUGAAAGAAAAGAAGACUGAGAAAAAAGGAGAGGAGGCGAAAGGCCCCAAACGUCAGAAAACCAUGCAGUGCAAAGUCACAUUACUGGAUGACACUCAGUUUGAGUGCGAGCUGGAUAAACACGCUAAAGGCCAAGAGCUUUUAACAAAGGUGUGCGACCAUGUCAACCUGCUGGAGAGAGACUACUUCGGCCUCUGUAACUUGGAUAACCCAGCAAACAAAAUAUGGGUGGAAGCCACCAAAGAGAUCAGGAAACAGGUUCCAGGUGCUGUUUAUGAGUUUGCAUUCAGCGUAAAAUUCUACCCUCCUGAUCCAGCACAGCUUACUGAGGACCUCACUAGAUACUUCCUGUGUCUCCAGCUGAGGAAAGACAUCAUGCACGGCGUGCUUCCCUGUUCCUUCGUCACGCUGUCCCUGCUGGGCUCAUACACAGCCCAGUCAGAGCUCGGAGAGUACGACCCGGAGACACACGGACCAGACUACGUUAAAGAGCUGAGCCUGGCCCCUGGACAGAGCAAAGAGCUGGAGGACAAGGUGAUGGAGCUGCACCGCACAUACAGGUCAAUGAGUCCGGCCCAAGCAGACAUGUUGUUUCUGGAAAAUGCCAAGAAGCUCGCCAUGUAUGGAGUUGACCUGCAUCAGGCCAAGGAUCUGGAUGGUGUCGACAUCACACUGGGGGUUUGCUCCAGUGGUCUGAUGGUUUACAAGGACAAGCUGAGGAUCAACCGUUUCCCCUGGCCCAAAGUGCUCAAGAUCUCCUACAAACGCAGCAGCUUCUUUAUCAAGAUCCGUCCGUCGGAGCAAGAGCAGUAUGAAAGCACAAUCGGCUUCAAACUCCCCAACUACAAAGCCUCAAAGAAGCUGUGGAAAGUUUGUGUCGAACACCAUACCUUCUUCAGGGUUCCCACAGUAGAGCCCCCCUCAUCACGUCGCUUCCUUGUCUUGGGAUCUAAGUUCCGGUACAGCGGGCGAACUCAGGCCCAGACACGCCAGGCCAGCUCCAUGAUCGACCGCCCUGCUCCUCGCUUCACACGCUCUGCAAGCAAGAGGCUGUCUCGUAACUUAGAUGGAGCUGGAGAUGAAACUCUCCAGCUACUGCAACAACUCCCAGCAUCAACCAGGUCUCAGGUUGAUGAUUGGUUGCUGAUGCUGACAUCUGACCAACCCCAGCCUUCCACUGAAUUCUCAGCCGGAGGGGAGUCUGAGCAGACUUCCAUUCAGUCCUGGGAGGAGGGACAAUCUGUUCACACGGUCAGAGUGACACGACAGGACACUGAGACGGACGCUCAGACAUUCACUGAGACAGAGCUGUUAUCUGAUGAGCAACAGCAGUGGGGGAAGGAUGACUCGUGGUCAUCCCUGCUCAAUCGGCAUCCUCCUUUUCCUUUUGUCCCGCCUUUUGAUUUUGUGAAGCAGCCAGCUAAGCUCAGCUUGGCAAAACGGAGCUCUAUGGACAGACUAUCCCAACCAAUAACAGCACAGCAAGAUGAUUGGUUUGUAUACUUCGACCAACUCUUGAGCCUUUCCCUCCCUGAGCCUGUUGACAAAACAUUCUCUUCUCUGGCUCAGUCCGAGCUCCAGGAGGAAGAUGAGCAUGUUAUGUAUGUAUCAGAAGAGGAUCUGAGCAAUGAGGAGACCAUUCAGAGGCUCCAGGAGAUGGUGGUGUUGGUGGACAGGCUGACGGAGGCAGAAGUCUUGGAAAGCAAGCUUAGGGAAGUGAGGGGUUUAGAAGAAAGACUCAAGGAAGUGGAUGAGAUGUCUGUGAGACUUCAGGAAGUAAUAGAAGAAGAACUCGGUAGGGAGGAGGUAGAAAAGUUGAGAAAGGAAUUUGAAGACUUGGAGCAGGAAGAAGUAAGAGUUGAAGGUGUAACAAAAACAGUGGUGACGAAAUCAGUGAGGAGAAUAGUAGAGGACAAGGAUGAAGAAGUGGAUGAACUGGAGGAGCAGAUAAAGGAGGUGUUUUUAAAAGGCUUGUUGCCUGAGGAGGAAGAGGGUGAGGUGAAGCAGAAGACUAAAAUAGAGGUCAUCGAGAUGAGUCAGAUAGAUGAUGACAACUUGGGCGAGAAGCUGCAGCUGAUAGAAAAGGAAUUGAAGGAUGAAUCGAGGGGACCUGUUACGAGGCAGGAGACCACAUUUGAGAUCAUGGAGAUGACUAAGUUGGACGAAGACUUGGGUGAGAAGCUGCAGCAGACAGACAAAGAAUGGCAGGAUGAAUCAGGGGUAACUGUUACGAGGCAGGUGACCACAACAGAGAUCGUUGAGAUGACUAAGUUGGAUGACAGCUUGGGCGAGAAGCUGCAGCUGAUAGAAAAAGAAUGGAAGGAUGAAUCGGGGGUAGCUGUUAAGAGGCAGGAGACCACAUUAGAGAUCGUCAGGAAAAGUCAGUUGGACAAGGACUUGAGUGAAAAGCUGCAGGGGAAAGACAAAGAAUGGAAGGAUGAAUUGGAGGUGGCUGAAACCAAGGAGGAGACUCAAAUAGAGGUCAUCGAGAUGAGUCAGUUGGAUCAGGACUUGAGUGAAAAGCUGCAGCAGGUAGAAAAAGAAUGGAAGGUUGACUUGGGUCUUGCUGAUCCCACUCCUGUUGUAGCAUACCAGAAGGUUGAGCGCAGGAUCAAGAAAAGAGUGACUAUCGUAGAAGAGAGAGACCUGAAGCAAGGAGACAUGAAGGCUGUGAUGUCUGAGCGGAGAUGGGGUAAGAUAGAUUUAGAGGAAACAACAGAGAAGAGAGUCACAGAGAGGCUUCAGGCUGAGGAGGAACGUGAGGUGGCAGAUAAGGAUGUCUGGUUCAUAUUGUUUGAACGCCCUCCAUACACAGCUGUUGUCAAACCACAAGUUGUGACUGUGGAACAUGCUCGGAUGGAUGAAGCCGAGUAUCUAACCACAAUGACUGAAAUGACCACCCUUGAGGAGAAAACAGUGAUUUCGACCCUUGAGGAGAAAACAGAGUUAAAAACUCUUCAAACUGAGAUUAUAGUAGAAGAGAGGGAAGUAAAAGAAGAGGAAGCAUGGCAUGCUCCAGUGGUUCCCUUACCGCAGACCAUCAGACAAAGAGACGAUGACUGGUUUGCGUUGCUGGCCGUGAUCCCCAGAGAAACACCUUAUGUACCACCAGUCACCGUGAAGGGAAAAGAAGAGUUAGCUGCAGAAAGUUUUGUCUCUGUAGUCCAAACUGCAGCCGUUGAGGAGAUCAGUGAAGUAGUGUCCGAAGAGAGAAAGAUAACAGAAGAGGCACUGAGCGAUCUCCAAGUAAUCCCUCAACAGCCUGUGAGAGACAGAGAUGAUGACUGGUUUGUGUUGCUGGAUGUUCUUCCCAGAGAAACAUCAUAUGUUCCACCAGCUGCUGUUACAGAGCAGGUUGAAGUGUCUCCAGAAGGACGCGUCUCAGUGGUUGAAAUAACAACCGUAGAAAGGAGGGAGAGAAGAUUGGAAGUUGUUGUUGAGGAGGUAGAAGUUACAGAAGCGCAGAGUGAAAAGCAAGUAGUGACACUGCCACAGACUGUGAGACUGAUAGAAGAUGACUGGUUUCUGCUGCUGGAGGGUCUGACUAAAGAACCAUCAUAUGUGCCACCAGUUACCACAGAAGAGUAUGUUCAGGUUUAUCCUGAAGAAAGCAUCUCCACCGGGGUUGAAACUGUUACAGUAGAGUCAAGAAAAAUGGUUGUAGUCGAAGAGACCGUGGUGUGGAGAGAGGACCAGAAACUUCCCAAGCAAAUCAUUUCAGAGCAGAAAACAUUCGAACCAGUCAGACAGAGAGAUGACGACUGGUUUCUCCUGCUGGAUGUUGUUCCUAAAGAAGCUACCUAUGUGCCUCCAGUUUCUCUGGCAGUACCGAGCCAAAUCCAAUACCCCAGGGUUCAACCUCAGAUUGAAGUGAUAAGCACAGAGCGAAAGCUGCAACAGGUUGUAUAUGAGCAGAUUAGACCACAGCCUUCACAGCUGCAGCCAGAGAGAGAUGAUGACUGGUUUGCGCUGCUUGAUGCGGUCCGUGAAGAGGCAGUGAUAGCACCAGCAGUUACUCCUGUUAAGAUUGUUCUGGAUGUAAGGGAGUUGCUGGAGGUUGAGGUGAAAACCACAGAGACCACAACAUGGAAGAAGACCAUAAUUAGUGUGGAGAGCAGGCAGGAUGAGACACGUCCGUCUGAAAUUAGACCAAGCCAAAUGGCACUGUCAACAGAGAGAGAAGGAGGAGACGAUUGGUUCGUCCUCUUUGACGGCAUCCGUGAAAAGCCUGUUUUCAUUCCACCAGUUUCCGUGGUUGAGCGUUUUGUGGAAGUGGUAGCAGCCACUGAACCAAAACCAAAGCUCUACAUGGAAGAAGAACGGCCAGCUGUUAAGAUGGUGGAGAUUGAACCACAACGGCAAAGACUGGUGGAUGAUGACUGGUUUGUGCUGCUGGAUGUUGCAGAAAAAGCAACAGUUGCUGUGGAAGAACGUGUCCGUAUGCCCCCUGAAGUCAGACCAGCUCAAGUGUUAGCAGGCAAAGAGCAGAGAGCACAGAAGCGGGUUGUGAUAGUGGAGGAGAGGUGGCAGCAGGAGAGGGUGGUGCAAGAGAGACCACGUCCAGCAGUAAGAGAGGUGGAGGAUGACUGGUUUAUAUUUCUGGAUGUUGCCACUAAGCAAUCAGUCCCUGUCCCUGAACGCAUCCAGUUCCCAGCAGAGGUUAGAGCUCCACCUGCUGCAGCCAAAACAAGGAUUGCAGUUUCCGAGAUGAGACCACAGUUCCAGGAACGGAUCCUGGCGGAAAGACGUCCGGUCACAUGCACACACAUCAACGAUGAUUGGUUUGUUCUGCUAGAUGUUGACCGAAAGGAGUCAGUGGUGAUUACACAGAGGGGCCGUCCUGUCAGUGCUCCAGUCUUCUCCCAGGCCGCUCUGGCAGAAGCCGGCAUCCCCAUGGCCCCUUUUGAUCAACCCCAGACCUCCACUCCCAUCAAGACUGGACGCCUGGAGGAGAGGAAGCUUGAGGUCACCGUAGAGGCUGUGGAGCCCUCAAAAAUCGAUGCGGUGGUCGAGCCAGCAGUGUGGAGAAACCAGAGAGAAGUAGACUCUUCACUGAUAACCAUCAUCAAUGGGGACAUUCAGCACGAGUCUGAGGCCAUGAGCUCGGAGGUGGUGCGGUUGCGAAAGAAAAGAGCUAAGAAAAUUGAGGGUGACUCAAUUUAUAUCAGACAUAGCCUUUUAAUGUUGGAGGAGUUCGAUAAGCCUCAGGAGGACUUGCUCAAGCAUCAUGCCAGCAUCAGCGAGCUGAAGAGGAACUUCAUGGAGGCCGUCCCAGAGCAGAGGCCCAGUGAGUGGGACAAGCGCCUGUCCACACACUCUCCUUUCCGAACCCUGGGAGUCAAUGGUCAGCCUCUGUCCGGUGCAGAUGGGACUGUGUGCGUUAGUCUCCUUUGCAAUGGUUCAGAGUCAAAGACGACACAUACGGAAACCAGCAGCAGCAGCAGCGAGGGCUUUUCAGGCAAACCCAGUCCCACUGUGAGCCACAAGAGUGAGCCUGAUAAAGUCAAAGAACUCCACAGUGCUCCACUCGAGGAAGAGUCAACAGAUCAAGACGAGGUCGUAGUGUUUGAGACCUCAUUGCUGCCCAUCGUAGAGGUGGAGAGGGCACAGCUGUCUCCUUCCCUUGACCCCAGCUGUAAAGCUUUAGAUGACAUCCUGCUGGAAGGAGGAUCAAAUCCAGAAGUGCUGGAGGGCUCUGGGGGGAUAGUCGGAUCCUCCCAAGCUUCUUAUUUCAGGAGCGAUGGUCCGCAGGUCGUACACUGCUUCCAGCCCCCUCUGGUGCAGACCCAGACAGUCACCAUCACUGCUGUCUGCAACUCCUUAUCCAGUGGCAUCUCCACCACAGAAGUCCCUGUCGUCCCCACCAAGACCUUCAUCUAUGAGUCUUCAAAGGAGGAAGAUGACGGGAUGGACGAAAAAGAUAGCACAACCAUGUCUAGCUCCAAGACCGUUUCCUCAGGGACCAGCAGUGGCACCACAGUCACCACCACAACCACUCACAUCUCAAAGGUUGUGAAAAGCGGAUCUUCGGAGACUCGUGUGGAGAAGAGAAUCGUCAUAACUGCAGACUCUGACAUGGACCAAGAGAAGGAGAAAGCUGGUGGAGCAUCAGCAUUGUAACUGCACCACCACCUUCAUCUCUCCCUUUAAACCUCCACCGCUGACGUCCUUUCAUCUGAGCGCACAGUGACCAGCUCUACACGCACACACAUAUCCAAAAAGAAAUAUCUCGUAAAUCCACACCUCAACUAAUGGAUAACUGAGUAGAAAAUCUUGUUAGAUCCUUUGUGUUUCUGUUUUUUAUUUUCAGUUUGAGCUGUUCAUGGUAGGCAGAGGAGGGUUGAACAAUGCUUAUCUCAUCCAGGUGUUUUAAAAAAGCUUAGUGAAUUCAUUUUUAUUUGUUAAAAAAAAACAAGCAGCAUUUUCAGUUGAGUUACGUUUGCUUUUGAAUUCUUUUACUUCCUAGUGGUUUUUACAUUGUUGAUUUUAUACAAACGCACUGUUUCCGUUUUAGUGUAGACGCCAUUAACAGCAUUUAUUCCCUUGGUGCUGCUAGGGGAACGUUAAGACUACAUUCAAGGGAACUCUUAUUUUGUCGUUGUUUACUUGUCUAUUUAAUUCAGGAGAGACAUUUUGAAAAAAUGAAAUGACAUACCUCACAUCAUUAUGUGGACAAAGAUAUUCUGUGCUCAAAUCUGAACAGUUGUUUGGCUUUGUUCACUGCUCAGGUACAAAAACAAAGCAACAUGAAAUCUUUUCUUCCCUAACCAGCCAACAACCUGUAGCCUACACAUUAUUGUAAAAUUUGAAUUAAGAAUUAGUCUAUUUUGAAAUAUGUCUCUAUUUUAUAGAAAUGUUUUUAUAGGAUUUGUACAAAUUUGAGGUUUUUAAGUUAUUCAUAUCCAUCUGCAUCUUUAAAUUGUAGGUUACCAUUGUGCUGUUUACGGAAUUACAAGGUCUGGAUUUAAAGACCGAUUUACCUGUCUUGCCUGACGCCCUGAAUCAUUCUUACUCGUUUCCUCUUGUAGCCCACCAAGCUUAUCAUACCCUUCACGAUUUACAAAGCAGUGCUUCCCUCAGCUCUGUGUUUCGUUCAGUAGCAUAGAAGUCAGAUUGCUUUGAAUAUAUUUGGUUGAUAAAAUAAGUUUAACAAGCUUCGGUCUGUUUAUCUCAGGUUUUGAUAUUCUUUGUAAGACUACAGACCUCCAUAUGAUUGUAUGAGGAAUGUUCAUAUAUGUAUAUCAAUCCUUACUUUAAAUGUACAUUUAUGUUCAGCCAAGUGAGGUCAAUAAAUACAAAGCUUGUCUGUCACAGUAACCACACAUGUACGAGGUGAAGGCAGCUGUCCCAGUAUAUGUGGCUUUUCUCUCAUAGGAGCACAAAGUUGUCUUUUUUUACACGUACAGUAAUUUAUUUGUAAAGUAGGAACCGUCUCAUGUGAUUCCAUGUACUGUGAUGUUUCAACACAAGCUGGUUUCCAGGCUUCCACUAGAGAUGUCACUGUGUUAAAUAUUGCAUUAUGGACCAUGUUUGUAAAGCCUUUUUACCACAUGUCUGAGUAGAUUUCUCUCUCACCUGCUGUUUCCUGUACUUUUCCAUAGAGGAGAAAAUACUGAGCUAUACAAGUCCCUUUUAGGUAGCAUGUUUGUUAGCAAACUUUGAUUUCCCCCUGAAAGAAGCCAUUGGUAUUGUAGCUGAAAACAACAGAAACCUCUCCUUAAAAGAAAUGUAGAAUUUCACAUCGAGAAAUUAGUUUUUAGACAACGGAAAAUAUUGUUUUUGUGACUUCUCCCUGUCUUUUUAUGAAAAAUAAAUAAAAUAUGCAUUAUUUUGCA